AUGGCAGACAGUUUAGAAUUUUAGCAUUUAAGAAAUAAUCCAAAAUAUGUGAAAGAAUUUGCAUUUUAUGUAAAAAGUGAUUUUAUAGGUAGGGGAAGAAUAGCAAAUGGCGGUGUUUAUUGCUAUAAGUACAGUAAUAAGGAAUAUGCAGUCAAAAUUUAUACAGAAAAAAAGAGCGAAUCAUUUACACAUAUCUUAAGAGAAAUCUCAAUAUUAGAUAGAAUAAAUAACGUAAUAAAGUCAGAUAGCAUAAUUAGGUUUCAUGGUUUCUAUUUUGAGAUUCUUGGCAACUCAAUUUAAUUCUAUAUAAUAAUGGAUAAAGCGGAUGGUACUUUAACAGAGUUUAUUUAGCAAAAGUAUCGCUUUAAGAUGACGGAACUACUAGAAAUAACAAACUAAUUUAUAAUUACGUUUGCUGAGCUAGAAGGGAAUGGAAUUGCUCAUCGUGAUAUUAAAACAGAUAACAUACUUUACAUUAGAAACAGCGAAAAUAAAAUCAUGAUAAAAAUAACUGAUUUUUCUGAAGGAAAACUCGUAGACAAUGAAUAAACCCACAAUACUCUUGUGGGAAAUGCUGAACAUUUGUCUCCUGAGUUAUAUUAUAUGUAUAGAAGAGGAGAAACUGACAUAAAGUAUAAUCCCUUUAAAAAUGAUGUAUAUGGAAUCGGAGUUUUACUGUGCCAAUUAGCAAGUUGUGAGUAUAGACCUUCUAGAAAAGAAGAAGCAAAAGUUGAUCCAUAUAAAAAUGAUAAAGGUCCUUGUGAUGAUUUAUGGAAUUUAAGAUUACAAUAAACUAAGCAAUAUUAUUUAGAAAAUAGUGAUAACGUUAGCAAGUCUAUCAUAGAAUAAUAUUUCAUAAUUAUCAAAGAAAUGAUUUCGUAUAAUCCGAAGCAAAGACCAAGAUUCUAUUAGAUUAUGUAUUAGUGGAUGGCAAUAUAUUCUUUAAAAAUAAUAUCUAUUGAAUAGGAAAAUAAAUACAUUCAAUAAAUUACAAGCUUGGAGGAAAAGAUUUAAAAAUUAGAGUUAAAUAACAAAAAAAUCUCUAUAAAUGGUGCUAAUGAUUACUCGAUGUUUAGAAGAUAGUCAGAGAUGUCAUAAUUUGAUUAAUCAGACAUUUCGGCAGAAGAUAUGAAAUGUAACUCUAAUUUCAACCUCGAUAACUUGCAUGCAAUAAAAGAAAUAACUAGUCCUCAAGAAAGUGAAAAUGAAAGUUCAUAAUCUAGUGAUUCAUAGUCGUCAAUCAGUGAUAAUGAGAAUUCUCUGAAAGAUGUGUAAGGAUCAAAUUCCAUUUAAAAAAACUAAGAAAAUUAUUAAAUGGCUGAUUAGAUAGAUCAAGAUUAAACUAUAAAAAAAAUUGAUUUAAAAAGUGUUAACACUCACUAAAUUCAAAAUUCUUAAUCAAGUUCUUAUUUUAGUUCUGAAAUGAGUACUCCUGAAUAUUCAGGUAAUAGGAUCUCAGCUUUCAACUCACCAUCUUUCAGAUACUUAUUCUAAGACUCAGAUACAAAUAUUUAAAGCUUAGAUGGUAAAAAGAAGGAAAUUACUAUCAUAAAGAAUAGGACUGAUUUAAAACAAAUUAAUAAAAAUACAUAAGUCAUUUAGCUCAACGAAUUGAGUGAUAUCAUAAAAAAUGAAUUAAUAUAAUCAGCUGACCAGCUAAAAUAUUUGGUUUUUCAUUUACACUCUAAAAAAUCUAAUUUGCAAUAAAUCAGUUUUAUAUUAUCAUCAUUUGGGCACACUCUUAUAUUUCUAAACCUUAACAUCGGAUCAUGGCAAAAUAUGAAAGAUGAAGAUGUGAAGGUCUUAUGUGAAGGAAUCUAAAAAUAAUAAAUUCUCUAAGUGAUUUAUCUAUUCUUAUGGGAAUGGGGUAUGGAGAAUCCUGAAAUUUCAGAUAAAUCUUUAGAGGAGAUAGGAAAUAUGUUUGUUAAUUUGAAAACCUUGGUGAAAAUUAAAUUAGGAUUAGACAGAUGGGGUUUAGAAAAUAAAAAAAUAACUGACAGUGGCCUUUAAUAUUUACUUCAGUCAUUAGAGUAAUUAAAGGGUUUGCAAGUGCUAGAUUUAUCGCUGACAAGCUUUUCGAAGAAGAACCCAAAUAUAACUAACAAAAGCCUUUAAAAUUUAGGAGAUUUUAUUACUAAAUGCAGCUAUAUAUAAAAGCUAAGCUUAACUAUGAAAAGGUGGGAUAAUGAAAAUUAAUUUAUAAAUGUGAAAAAUUUGAAGACAAUGUUGGAUUAAAUUUCUCAAAAAGCUGCUAAUUUGAACACAAUUUUUAUUAGUUUAAAAUAAUGGAACAUCUCAGAAUAUAUAAAAUAAUAGUUCAAAUCAAUGAUUAAACCUAACUUUAAUUUAGAGUUGUGA